UAAUCAGUGUGACUGCGCGCGGAUUAGAGGCCGUGGGAACCCGGCGCGGAAAAGUCGGAAAACACCAGGCAUGGCUCCGUUUGAGAAAGUCCAGCACCCCAAGCCUUUCAAACAGAGGAAGAGCUUCGCAACACGAAAGCAGGAGGUCGCCGGAAUCAGGAGCAAGUUCCCAACCAAAGUGCCGGUGAUUAUAGAACGAUAUCAUCGUGAAAAAUAUCUUCCGCUGUUGGACAAAACCAAGUUUCUUGUUCCCCAAGAGCUCACCAUGACUCAGUUCGUCACCAUCAUCAGAAACCGGAUGACUCUUAUGCCCAGCCAGGCUUUCUACCUUCUCAUCAACAACGCUGGAAUCGCCAGCAUGUCUCUCACUAUGGCACAGGUGUACAAGGACCACAAGGAUGAGGAUGGAUUUCUUUAUAUGACCUAUGCCUCUCAAGAAAUGUUUGGACACUGUGAAAGUGUGCAUCAGCUCUCAAGACGAUAAUUGGAAAUGUUGCAUGGGGGUGUGGGGGGUGUUUAAAAACUGUUGGUGAACCACUAUUUAAAAAUGCUUGUAUAUAAUAAUGAUAUUUGUAUAGUUUUAAAAAUUCUGCAUUUUGCGUGUAUGCACGCGUCAUGGGAAUGUGUGUUUUAAUUAAGGAAGUAAUAAAUUGUUGUUCUUGUGUUGGCCA